CCCCCGGCGCUUCUCAAGAUGGCGGCCGACAGUGAGCCCGAGUCCGAGGUAUUUGAGCUCACCGAUUUCACUACUGCCUCGGAAUGGGAAAGGUUUAUUUCCAAGGUUGAAGAGGUCUUGAAUGACUGGAAACUGAUUGGAAAUUCUUUGGGGAAGCCACUUGAAAAGGGUAUAUUUACUUCUGGCACAUGGGAAGAGAAAUCAGAUGAAAUUUUCUUUGCUGACUUCAAGUUCUCAGUCACUCAUCACUAUCUUGUACAAGACUCCACUGAUAAAGAAGGAAAGGAUGAAUUACUAGAAGAUGCUAUUCCACAAUCUAUGCAAGAUUUGCUGUGCAUGAACAAUGACUUUCCUCCAAGAGCACAUUGCCUAGUAAGAUGGUACGGACUACGAGAAUUUGUGGUGAUUGCUCCUGCUGCAAACAGUGAUGCUGUUCUCAGUGAAUCUAAAUGCAAUCUACUUCUGAGUUCUGUAUCUAUUGCUUUGGGAAAUACUGGCUGUCAGGUGCCGCUGUUUGUGCAAAUUCAUCAUAAAUGGCGAAGAACAUAUGUGGGAGAAUGUCAAGGUCCUGGUGUCCGAACCGAUUUCGAAAUGGUUCAUCUUCGAAAAGUGCCCAAUCAAUAUACUCAUCUAUCAGGUCUUCUGGAUAUCUUCAAAUCAAAGAUUGGAUGUCCUUUAACUCCAUUGCCUCCAGUUAGUAUUGCUAUUCGAUUUACCUAUGUACUUCAGGAUUGGCAGCAGUAUUUUUGGCCUCAGCAACCUCCAGAUAUAGAUGCUCUUGUUGGAGGAGAAGUUGGAGGCUUAGAAUUUGGCAAGUUACCAUUUGGUGCCUGUGAAGAUCCUAUUAGUGAACUCCAUUUAGCUACUACAUGGCCUCACCUCACUGAAGGUAUCAUUGUGGAUAAUGAUGUUUAUUCUGAUUUGGAUCCCAUUCAGGCUCCUCACUGGUCUGUUAGAGUUCGAAAAGCUGAUAAUCCUCAGUGCUUGCUCGGUGAUUUUGUCACUGAAUUUUUUAAAAUUUGCCGUCGAAAGGAAUCAACUGAUGAGAUUCUUGGACGAUCCACUUUUGAAGAAGAGGGAAAAGAAACUGCUGAUAUAACUCAUGCUUUGUCAAAAUUGACAGAACCAGCAUCAGUUCCAAUUCAUAAAUUAUCAGUUUCAAAUAUGGUACACACUGCAAAGAAAAAAAUACGUAAACACAGAGGUGUAGAAGAGUCACCGUUGAAUAAUGAUGUCCUCAAUACAAUUCUCUUGUUCUUAUUCCCUGAUGCUGCGUCUGAAAAACCUUUAGAUGGAACGUCUGUAACAAACAACAAUCCUCCAUCAGACAGUGAAGACUAUGGUCUCUACAAUCAGUUCAAAUCUGCACCUUCUGACAGUUUAACAUAUAAAUUGGCUUUGUGUCUCUGUAUGAUCAAUUUCUACCAUGGGGGAUUGAAAGGAGUGGCACACCUCUGGCAGGAAUUUGUUCUUGAAAUGCGUUUCCGAUGGGAAAACAACUUUCUGAUUCCAGGAUUAGCAAGCGGACCCCCAGAUCUAAGAUGUUGUUUACUACAUCAGAAACUACAGAUGUUAAAUUGUUGCAUUGAAAGAAAGAAGGCACGUGAUGAGGGGAGAAAGACAAGUACUUCAGAUAAUGUGGUUAAUACAUAUCCAGGGGAUGCUGCAAAAGCUGGAGACCAUGUGGGGCCAGACAAUUUAAAAGAUACAGAAAAGGAAAAGGGAGAAGUGGCAAAGUCUUGGGAUUCUUGGAGUGACAGUGAGGAAGAAUUUUUUGAAUGCCUAAGUGAUACUGAAGAACUUAAGGGAAAUGGACAAGAAAGUGGCAGGAAAGGGGGACCUAAGGAGAUGACAAAUUUAAAGCCAGAAGGACGUCUCAUUCAGCAUGGGAAACUAACACUGCUUCACAAUGGAGAACCUCUCUAUAUUCCUGUAACCCAGGAACCAGCACCAAUGACAGAAGAUUUGCUCGAAGAGCAGUCGGAGGUUCUAGCUAAAUUAGGCACAUCAGCAGAAGGAGCUCAUCUCCGAGCACGCAUGCAGAGUGCCUGUCUGCUCUCAGAUAUGGAAUCUUUUAAGGCAGCAAAUCCAGGUUGUUCUCUGGAAGAUUUUGUGAGGUGGUACUCACCCCGGGAUUAUAUUGAAGAGGAAGUGAUUGAUGAAAAGGGCAACACAGUUCUGAAAGGAGAACUGAGCGCCCGAAUGAAGAUUCCAAGCAAUAUGUGGGUAGAAGCCUGGGAAACAGCUAAGCCAAUUCCUGCUAGAAGGCAGAGGAGACUCUUUGAUGAUACACGGGAAGCAGAAAAGGUGCUGCACUAUCUGGUAGUUCAGAAACCUGCAGACCUUGCUCGGCACUUGUUACCUUGUGUAAUUCAUGCAGCAGUACUCAAGGUAAAGGAAGAAGAAAAUCUGGAAAACAUUUCUUCAGUUAAGAAGAUUAUAAAGCAAAUAAUAUCCCAUUCCAGUAAGGUUUUGCACUUCCCCAAUCCUGAAGAUAAGAAGUUGGAAGAAAUCAUUCAUCAAAUUACUAAUGUGGAAGCUAUAAUUGCAAGAGCCCGUUCACUGAAAGCCAAGUUUGGAACUGAGAAGUGUGAACAAGAAGAGGAAAAGGAAGAUCUUGAAAGGUUUGUGAGUUGCCUUUUGGAGCAGCCUGAAGUGUUAGUUAUUGGUGCAGGAAGAGGGCAUGCUGGCAGGAUCAUUCACAAGUUGUUCAUGAAUGCUCAGAGGCUGACUGAAUCUUCUGAUGAGGCUGCAGCGGCAUCUCCACCAGAGGAAGAACUGAGGAGAAUGGGCUUCCCAGAAGAAAGAAGGCAGGGCUCCACUUCAGACUUUCCACCCCCUGCAGGCCGGGAACUCAUUUUGCGCACUACCGUGCCCCGCCCUGCUCCAUACUCGCGAGCUCUGCCUCAGCGCAUGUACAGUGUCCUCACCAAAGAAGAUUUCAGACUUGCAGGUGCCUUUUCAUCAGAUACUUCCUUCUUCUAAUUCUUUCAGGGUUACCUCAUUUGUGGUUUCAGAGACCUUGCUGACCCUUUCUGUAGGGGGAGAUUGUGCCGGUUAAAACCUGAAGAGGCCAUGAAAAGGGCUUGCCUAGUUGAAUGAUCAAGAAUCAUACCAGCAUGUGGAAGACUUUCCAGUGCCAAGUUUGGACUCUGUUUUAUCUUGCCGGCAGCAGAGGGGAUGGGCUUGAGCUGUUGAAAGAUUUUGUUGCCCCAAAGAAAUGACCCAAGUGUUGGGGUGGGGAGUGAGAAGCAAAAAGCAAAGCAAAACAAAAAAAAGCAACAGGAAUUUUCUGUACUCUUUUGGUGGGUUUGUGUUCAUUUUAUUCUUUACAUGACUAUCCCUUGCAUUCAUAGUCUGUGUAAACACUUGCUACAUUUAAUAGUAUCAAGUAUGCAAAAUACAGUAUCUGUUAACACAAUUUUCUGGAUAUUUUGGUGGUAGCUUCUAUUCCAAGAAUCUGUAUUUUUAAAAUACUAAAUGACAUUCUGUUUAUUCAGUCGCCUCUUGAUCAUCUUCAUUGUAACUAACUUUUGAUGAGCAUUUUGACUAUUACAGGAACACAUUUAGAAUCUUACAUGGUUUAUGUGUUUUUUCCAUGUAAUUGUGACAGAUAAAUGUAUUCCUUCUGAUAAAAAUACAUAUUAAAUAUCCUGCAAAUUAGUUUUAUAUUUAUUUUGUAAGUUUUGUUUCUGUUGUUUUUGGUUGCCAUGUAAGAUGUCAACUUGCAAAUUGUUGUUCUCUUCCUGCUGUACAGCAUGCAUUCCUUUUUUUUUUUGUGGUUGCUGGCUGGAUACUGUAUUUCUUGAAGUAGUGCUGAGCACACUCUAAAAUAUACUCUUGGUACAUAUUGAUUAUCAUGCAGGCAGUAUAAUUCAAUAUAUAUGCUAGUGUAAUGAAUAGAUUAUUUCAGUGCACUAUUUUGCUUUUAUAUUUUAGUUCAAAUGAAAAUAAUUGAUGGGGAUGUGUAGCAUCCAGCAAAACAGCAUAUUUCUUCCUAGAUGAUGAUCAAGACUUACUGUCUGUUGCUAUCUGACCUCUAUUCAGUAAUGUUAAAGAUAAUUUUAGGCCUAAAAUUUCCACUUUAAUCCAAAGUAAAAAAUGGUUAUACUGAAGCAUAGUCCUUGCCUAUGUAUCUUUACGGAGCAAAUAGAGCCUUGUAAACUUUGUGUUAUAUAUUAUUUUUGUAAAAAUAACAAACAAAAAAACCCCAAAAACUCUGUGUACACAUGGAUGUGUGUAUAUAUACAUAUGUAUAUUUGAACGAGGAAUGAUGUUGGAAUUAAUUAUUGCUGGCAAACAUACAGACAUAGACUUGAGACUGAGUGUUGUGCCAAGUAGAAGGUGUAUCAUUCAAGGACAGAGUUUGCUUUCUAACAAGGAAGUUAAUGUCAAAAAAAAAAAAAAUUUUACAAAAAGAGGUUGUACUUUUAAACAGUGAAUCUAAUAAAAAAGAAAGUGCUGCUUUCUCUGGUUAAUUUUC